GACUGAGCUGUCAGACUCCAUUUCCUGUUUCAGCACUUCAAAGUUCUUACUCCAUUUGCUUGACAUAUAGAGGGCGUCUCACAAAACCGUUAGCCAUGCCAGACAUGCCGAAACUGCAUCUUGAAGAUGCACUAGAAGAUAGUCCUCUGACAAGGAACUUACUUUCGGUGUUUGAAAAGGAUGCACUUGUACUUAAGAAGUACAGUGUGGGUUUACAUAACUGCUGUCAACGAGUUAUGAGUGCCCAGAAUGAAUUGUGCGCAGCCACCCAGAAUCUUGCUCAACACUUGCGAAACUAUGAGCUUCAGAAAUUUUCGCUGGAACCUGAGAACAGUGUUCUGACAUCCACAUUGGAACAGUUUGCAGCAUAUCUCGAUAAUGUGAGCUCCCUACAACAGGUGUUAUCCGCCCAGUUUUCUGAGUCCAUGAUGUUCCCAAUGACUAAAGCUUUACAGGCUGAUCUAGAUGAAAUUUCCACCAUGUAUGAGAUGUUUCAGAUAGCUACUCACGACCAUGAACAGGCCAUGAACAGAUUUAUGAAAGUAUCCAAGAAAAAGGACAGGGAGGUACAAGAACUGAAUGAGGAGCUGUAUGCAAUGAGGAAAAAAUACCACCAGACUGCCUUGCACUACUAUUCCUCCCUGAAUGCUGUACAGUACAAGCGAAAGUGUUUCUUACUGGAACCCAUAGUGGGCUACAUUCACGCCCAGCGAGCUUACUUCAGUAUGGGCUACGAGACUGUGUGUAAGCCCGACAUCGAGACCUUCCUGCAGAACAUCCAGGCCAGCAUACAAGGUGUACAGGCGGAACUACAAAUAGAGACAAAGAAGACAGUGGAUAUGAUUGACAGUAUAGAGCAGCAGAAUCAGCACUCGUACUACGCAGAGCCUCCCAUAAAUAUGCCAUAUAUCCCACCCAAUAUCAGUCUGGUGCAGAAGUCAGGGUAUCUUUUCCAGAGAAGCAAACAGCUGAUAGGCACAAAGUGGGACAGGGUGUUUUUCUUCACACAAGCUGGGAACCUGAUGCGCCAAGCUAUGGAUGAGGUAGCUGGAAGUCUUGUUCUUGACCUUAAUGAUGAUGGGGUGUUUGCCGAACCGGGGGAGGCAGAUGACAGACGGAACGUCCUCCAGAUUAACACAGCAAAGCAUAGAAGACAUGUAGUUCUUCAGGCUGAAAAUGAGAGAGAAAGAGAUGAGUGGAUUGCAACAUUGAACCACAUAGUGAAGGACAGUGGUUUUGUAAGAGGAGAUAAGCAGGUGCCACAAAAAUCACAACGAGGAAGCAGUGUUUCUAGUCAACAAUCUAUGUCUACAACUUCUACAACAUCCCCAGAAAAAGAGAGUCCCGCGACCCCAGCCCAGCAGUCGGCAGCCCCUACGCCAUCAACGGGGCCCAACAGCCCAUUUCUGGCGGAAACACCGAUACAGUUUGACUUGUGCACCCCCGAUGAUGCCACGCCCAAUGUUAACAAAUCCCUUGCUGGGCCCCCGAAGAGAAUUAAUCCUUUUGACCAGUCGGCCACAGAUGUAAUAGAUUCAUUGGACCAGGCCAUAGACAAUGCUGCAUUUGUGGAGAGCUUUCUUGUCCGAUUUCUUGGCUCAAUGGAGGUGAAACAGGACAGAGGGGAAAAGGUGGUGCAUGAAACAAUUCGUCAGAUAAUGGCAGCUAGGGCGAUACACAACGUGUUCAAGAUGACAGAGUCUCGGAUGAUUGUGUCUAGUGAAUCUAUGAGAUUGGUCGAGCCGUCCAGUAACACAGUGCGAGUACAGUUUGCCCUUGAAGAUAUUUCAUACUGGGCUGCCCAUCCAGAAAACAAUAGGCUGUUUGGUUUCAUAACCAGGAACAAAGGAGAGGGGUCGUACGCUUGCCAUAUCUUUGAGUGCAAUGUGUCCUCUGAAGAGAUUUGCUCAGCAAUUGGUUCAGCAACUAAAAUGGCGUUCCAUGCGUUGAUGGAGAAGAAAGCUGCUGAAAAGAUACAAUCUUUGAAAAAUAAAGAAAAGGAAGAGGAUUGUGAAGAUAAGAGCUUGCUACUGGCCAACAUAUCGGCUCUAGAGGAUAAGGAGGACGGAGAAGUGGAGGAAGCACUGCCUACCACACGUCCUAGUGGCACUGGUCACUACAUGCAUUUGAUUGGUGAUGAUGAGCAAGACAUGCUUGAUGAAAUGGAUCAAGAGAUGAGCAAAUUAGACGUAAGCCAGGAUAGCCCAAGGGAUGCCAGUCUGCCAACUAGUCAGGGUAGUGAAUCCAAGCCUGCGUCGGGUGGAGAAGAAUCAUUAGCCUGAGUUAUCUCCCUUUUAACAGGUGUACAUCGAAAUAUUCUUGUGUUGUGAUAUUUGCUUGAGAUGCAGUUAUUUGGGCCCUCUUAGAUGGGUUCUGCUUUAUAGUGCCAAUAUGAAGUGUAACCUUCAUGAACAAGAGUUUAUUUAAGGGUGUUAAGUGUAUUGUUAGGGUUAAAAUUGGUAUUUUGUUGUAUAAAGAUAAUAUGAAAAUUCUUGAUUUUUAAAUUUUAAUAAAAUGUCUGUUUCAGUUAUGGAUGUAUUAAUGUUUUUGUUUUUUGUUUUCAUUGUAUAUAGAAAUAUAUUGCAUGAAGUGUCUUAUAUUUCUUGGCAUUGUUGUCCAUUGAAUUGUGGGAAGUUAACGCCAAUAGACACCAACAUUAAAAUAAAUUGGUGUUGGAGUUCAUGACUUUCACUGUGUCAUUAUUGUUUGUGCUAUAGUUGGUACUUGUAAGUUGUAACAAUCAUGGAAAUAAUAUAUAUAAAUAUAUGUCUAUAUUUACAUUUGCCCAUACACUUUCUGUUAACAAAAAAAUUGAUUCAUAUUGUAUGACACGCAAGAGUAUGUGAUGUCAGUGUUUGUUUUGAUAUCAGGCUCUUGUUGGAUAAUCAUGAAGUCAUUUCUCAAAUGAUAAAAAACGUUCAAAUAAUUGGGUAUUCGUUUAUACAAACCAUUCUUAAGCAAUAAAUACACAGCUGCAGAAGUUUUUACUGAUUGUUUAUAGUGAUAGAUAUUCAUUGAAAUAUAAUUACAUGGUUUUAUCACAUUUUUUCGUGUGCGAGUACUGUUUGAUUGUAUUUAUAGGGAGAGCUUGCAAAAUUCCAAAGUAGUUUGGAACCAUCAAUCAUAAAGAAUCUAUGUACAUGUUUCUCGAAAUGAAAUCGCAAGGAAAUGUUUAAGGGAUGGCGAUCUCUUCGAAUGGGAAUGGAAUCAAUGAUGUGUUUUUAAACUCUGGCAUCGAAGUUAACUGUUUUUAUCUUGUUGCAAGAUAACAAGUUGCUCAGUAUAUCUGACAGGUAUUUAUUUAAUUUAUUUUGCAAAUUCUAACAGAAUGAUUCAAUUUUCAAAAGCGUCACUUAGGCUUUUCAGCGAAAUGUGGCAUAUUCUGUCAUAUUUUUCAAUACUAAUAAACAAUAGUGCUAAUUGGAACUUGAGUAGAUCUUGUUUCAUAAUGCUACAAGCAUUUAAACCCAUUUCACCUGAUUAAAAAAUCAGAAUCUGACCCAAUUUGGUGUCUUUUUAGCUAAGUGUUAUAUAUUAAAUCAUUGCAGUGGUAUUUUGUGCAAAAAGUUAAGUGCUACAAACAUUAUUAAACAUUAAAUAUGUUGUAUUUAAUCAACUUCUUUUAUGGAAAGAAUACUUACACAGAAUGAAGUCAAUAUGCAAAUUGGUAGAGUUUGUAUAUGCAUGAGAAUAUUUCAUUAUUAAUUGAUCAUUGGUUGGCUUUUAAUCUCGGAUAAGAUCAUUGUUAAAAAAAUUGGUCCAAUUUUCAACAAAAGUUUUAAGUACAUUUAGAUAGAUAGUUAUGAAAAUUGCUAUCUUAAUAAGGUGUGGUGUUGUUUUCUCUCACAAACUUGUAGACUUUUUUUAAUUGUUCUUUGCUAUUAUUAUGAAAUGCUCUUAUUUUGUUAAUGUACUGACGAUGUAAGGAUUUUGUAUGUUCAAAAGAAAAAUGUAAGUCCGUACUUAUAAUAUGCUUAUUGUUAAAAAUCUGUUAAACUGUUGAUGCCGAGUUUGAUGGUUGUUGUUAGGUUCUUUUUAAGCUUCCAAUGUAAGUUAAGAUUAUUGCUUGCUAUUUUAUGUUUAAUAUGUGAUAUGUGAGCAUGGUAUACCUUCAGUUAGAAAGCCAUCUAUCGUAUAUAGAGAGAAUAUUAUGUUAGUGGUCAUUCAAUACAGAGUUAAUUCCGAGCUUUCUAAAAUUGAUAAAAAACGAGCCUUAAAAAUGAUAACACCAACCGUUUAUUUUGUCCAAAUGCAUUCACACACAUGUUUGCUGUACUGCUUCCAUCAAAGGAUAAUUGUAUCCCAUAUAUUUUUUCUUUCGCUGAGAACGUUAAAGUACCAUGGGGUCUGUACGAAAUGAGCCAGGUUAUCACACCAUGAUAUCCUUAUAUCUAUUUCCUUUUCUUCAAUUCUUCUGAAUUGGUCUGUUUUUGACUGGAAAUUGCGGUCACUUUUUCCUGGUGUCACUCAUGGUAUUUAAAUACACUUUUAAGUCGUGAUGGCUUCCGACAGGGUCAACCCAUUGUGGAGCAAAUGGUUGUGAGCAGACCUUAACUCUAAUGAACUAAUAAACAAAUACACAUAUACUACCAGAAGAUGCAGAAGGUGCACUGUGACCUCAUUUUAAUAAAAGCACCAGCAUUGAUUGAGGUGCAUCCUCAAGUUAACAGAAACACUAUCGUUGCUUGAGGUUUGACCUCAACUUAACAGAAGUACCAACUUUGCUUGAGGUAUGACCUCAACUGAACUACCAGUGUUGCUUGAGGAACAACCUCAACUUAGAAGAGGCACCAAUGUUACCUGAGUUGCAACCUGUACUUAUCAGCACCAAAAUUGCUUGAGGUGUGACUUCAACUUAACAGAAGCACCAAUGUUGCCUGAUGUGCAACCUCAACUUAACGGAAGCACUUGCCUUGCUUGGGGUGUAUGUGUAUAUCAUUUUUAAUUAUGUACGACCUAAUAAUGUUGAACAAGAUGAAUAUAUACUCUAUUUGAAAUGAAUCUCUUACUAGUUAACAUUACUUAGCUGAAUGAUUUUUCUUCAAUAUAGUUUUGAAUGGACAGUUGAAAAUUGGGCAAUUUUUUAUCUGCAGAAAAGAGCAACAACUGUAUAUCAGCGACUUUCUUUAUACAAUAAAAAACAAUAAUCUCUUCCAAUAAUUGUAAUAUAAUCAGCGACUUUCGAAAUGCAGAUCUUCCAAUAAUUGUAUAUCAGUGACUUUGAAAUGCAGAAAAGAACAAUAAUAUCCCUCAAUAAUUGUAUAGCAGCGUCUUUUCAAAUGAGUUUGCAAGAAGACAAAAUAGUGCUAGUAAAGGCCUAGUUUAAAAAGAAUGACUAGCCCCUGUGCUAUGGCACUGAUGUCACAGCAUGUGUAUUGCUAUUGGCUACUUUCCAUUUAGGGCUGUGUUCCAAGUAGGGGACAGGAGAGGUGGGACGGCGGGGCUCACAUAUACAUGUAGAAGUGUGAAACUAGGCCUUUAAGCUAUGGAUCUUUAGGAUUAAGGAUGGGAACAUUUCAUUUAGUGUAAGAAUUUAUUCACUUUACUUCGUGAUGGCUCAAUGAAUUUGUUAUUUGUUUAUUUUAGCUUUGCAAUGCUUUCAGUAUAUAAUAAUUAUUGUUAUUGUUGAGGAUGUAUGACGCUACAGUGAGUGUAUACCACAUGAUAAAUUAAUUUGUUAUGCUAUUUUGGAUGGCAACAGUUUUGUACGAAUAAUGACUUAAAACAGAGAUAACAUUUUUUUUGUUCACUAUUUUAAAUGAAACAAAUGGCAGUCUAUAGAGUGGUAUACACACACUGAUGCUACUGUCUGUACAAUUCUUCUUAAGAUAUGAUGCAUAAUGCAUAAUGCAUACUAUAUAUACUGUUUAUAGACACUAUUCCAUGAAAUGCUCAAUUCCUUGUUCUUCAUUUCUAAAAAUAUGAUGCAUUGAUAAAUGAAGUUUUAGUAUAAGAUAAUUUCCUACAAAACAGUCAUUCUUGUUUUUAUCUUAUCUGUAGAUGAAAGAGUUUUUGCUAAUUAGCUAUAAAUAUUUAUCUGUGAUAUUUAUGUUUUCUUCAGUUUUCAACAUUAUGCUUUUAGAGUUUGUCAGAGGUUAAUAUUUAGUAUAUAAACUGUAUUUCAAAGAACGUGAACAGCAGUUGACCUUCAUGCUUUGAUACAAGUUUAAUCACUGGGCAGUGCUCUAUAACCAACUUAAAUAAAGAGUUUAAUCUGGUUGUAGAAUAAUUUGCACUAUGGGAUGGGGGGGGGGGGUGCACCUUAGCCCUUUUCCCCUGCUUUUGGAAUGAAUCAAUUUUUAAGGGUUUACAAUUAUCAACUGUUGUAUACAUGCAUUUAUUAUUUAUUUCAUGCUUUGAGUAAUUACUCAACUUAAAGCAUUAAAUAGUUUUGCUAUGUUUUAAGUAUAAACAAGUAUUAGAAUUUAUCAUUCUGACCCUAAUCUAUCAGGUUAUCUACCUAGGUAUAUUUAUCAAUACUUAAAACAAAUGUGAACUACUGUGUUUUUCAUCUAUAUGUUUUGCCACGUUAAUAUUUUUUUUCUGAUUCUUGUGUGACUCAUUAUUCUGCCUUGUAGAUUAACAGAUCAAAUCCAGCAUGGUAAAAUGAUAAAAAAUAUCCAAGUACAUCUUGUGAAAUAGUAAUCCCUUAAAGCUUGUGAAAUAGUCGUCCCUAAAUGGUCCAAAAAGGUCAUGUACUGUAGAAUCUAAUCAGUGCUAUUUAGUGAACAAAUAUUAUUAUACACCUUAAUGGUAUAUAGUAUUUUUUUUAAAGAAUUUAUGAAUACCGAGUAUUGCGCUUUAUAUGUCAGACAUAGUAAAAACAUAUUAAACGGAACAUGUUAUGGCAUAUUUAUUUAUGAAAUACUUUAUUGCAUUGUAGCCCCAUUUGUAUACUCUUGUUACUUUUGAAGGCCUUCUAUUCAUUAGUUAUUGACCAUGCUAAUAUUUUGUUGUAAAAUUGUUCCAUUUAUUUAUUAUAGACGUCAUGAACAAAUAAAAAUUUGUGAACUUUU